CUCCGUGCUGGGAGGGCUGCACGGGGAGCGAGAGGGACAAAACAAAAGCUGCACAUUUCAACCAACAGGCGCUGGUCGCUCUUUUUUUUCUUUUUAUGUCAAUCAGAACGAUUUCGACUCCACGUUCAUAUUAAUAUCUGCUCCACGGCAAUAUUAUACAAAUCCCGCAUCAUGCCCAGUAGCACUUCUUUGCUGGAGGCCGACGAGGGAGAGUCCGAGGUCCCACCGCCGCUAGUACACGCUUUCGCCGGUAUGGGCCUUGACGAGCACCACGGUACCCAGAGCCAGAGCGCCGACCAAGGGGAUGAAAGCCUCUCCUUCCUCCACCACCAGCUCCCCGCGGCUCCUCACUUCAGCCUCCUCGGUACGGUGUUAGACUUGAAGCCCCUGCCUCUGCACCGGCCGCCCUCGGGGGAUGAGGUGAAGACCACGGCGGCGCCCGGGGACGAAGAGUCGGAGCUCGUCGACUCCUCGGGAUGCACCGGCGGCUCGCUGCUGGCGCAGGCCCACCGCCACCAGCAGCACCACCUCCCGUCGGGCCCGGCCGGCUCCGCGAUGCCGGCCGGGAUGGAGCACGUCCAGACGGUCCUGUUGUACAACGGAGGCGACCAGGACGACGCCACCGUCGGCGGCAGCGCCCUGCUCCCGCCCGGCGGCAUGGCGGUGCUGCCGCCGGGCGUGUUCGGCGAGUCCGGAUACGAAACCGAAGCGUCGCUGUUGGCCCGGCGAAAGAGCGUCAACACGACCGAGUGCGUGGCGGUGCCGAGCUCCGAGCACGUCGCGGAGAUCGUGGGCAGACAGGGCUGCAAGAUAAAGGCCCUCCGCGCCAAGACCAACACCUACAUCAAGACGCCGGUGCGCGGCGAGCAGCCGGUCUUCGUCGUGACGGGCCGCAAGGAAGACGUGGCCAUGGCGAAGAGGGAGAUCCUGUCUGCGGCCGAGCACUUCUCCCUCAUCCGAGCGUCCCGCAACAAGACGGGCCCCCUCUCCGCCGCGACGGGCUCGGGCGCGCCCGCGCUCCCCGGACAGACGAGCAUUCAGGUGCGGGUACCCUAUCGUGUUGUUGGGCUGGUUGUGGGUCCCAAAGGGGCAACCAUCAAGCGCAUUCAGCAGCAGACACACACCUACAUUGUGACGCCCAGUCGGGACAAAGAGCCUGUAUUCGAGGUCACAGGGAUGCCGGAGAACGUUGACCGGGCGAGGGAGGAGAUCGAGGCGCACAUUGCCCUCCGCACUGGGACCGGUGGGGGAAUUGAGGUCCCGGGUGUAGACAACAACGACUUUCAAUUCAACGGGACAGACGUCAGCUUUGAGAAUUCUGCAGCAUCAGCCGGGUUGGGAAAGGCCGGGUGGCUUCAUGCAGGUGCAUCGCCAUCGAGUGGUGGUGGUGGUGGUGGUGGUGGCUUGUUGCCAAUGAGCAUCAAUGGUACUCAGCAAAUCAAUAGCAAUAUUAACAGUGGUGUCAGGAUGUCUUCCAACUACCGCAAUGACAGCUCCAGUUCACUUGGCAGCGGCUCCAGCUCAGCCGAUUCUUUCUACGGCAGUGGGAAUGGUAACCGAAAUGCAGAUUUGAGCCCCACCUGUGCGUUUAAUGCCAAUGCCAAUGCUAACAACAACAACAACAACAGCAGCAGCAGCAGCAGUGCUGGCAGUACAGCUCCGUGGUUUGGUGAUAGCCUUCUUCCUGUGGGGUCCGAGGAGCUGGUCAGCCUGGGAGGUGGAGGCUCCUCGUCAGGAUUUGACCCGUUAACCAUCUCCACUGCCCAAGCCUCUCACCCUGCUGCACAGCCCAAGUUCUGGAGUUCCUUCGUGGACCACCAACCCCUCCAGGCAUUCGACGUUCUUCAGUCUCAGACCAGUCAGCCUGGGACACCCCGGCUCUCUCCAACCUUCUCUGGGACAGAAGCCUUGGAACACCCUCAGGCCCAGCGUGUUCACCGGGGGUCUUUUGGUUCGGCCGGGACCCUUGAUGCCCACAGGUUCCCCUCUUACAGCUCGGCCUUCUCCUCCUCCAGUGAGAGCACCGCCUCCUCUUCCUCCCCUCCUGACUCGUCCCUCUUUUAUCGACCAGGGCUCGGAUCAGCAGCGGGGCGAGGACAGGAGAUAUGUAUUCACUGUAUGGACAACCAGGUGAUCGCUGCCUUGGUUCCCUGUGGCCAUAACCUGUUCUGUCUCGAUUGUGCCACCCAGAUAUGCCAGGGUCCAGAAGCCGUGUGCCCCGUGUGCCUGUCUCCAGUCACACAGGCCAUUCAGCUCCGCAACAUGUGAUUCAUAAUCCAAUUCACCUGUAUGGCUGACGAGGGAUCAGCCUCCCCAACACUACCAACUCACUUGUGUGGGGAAAUUACAAAACUGACCCCGAAUCAGUUUCUAGGUGUGUCCUCACCCCCAAUAUUGUCAAAGCUGGUGUUGACAAAGGUGAGGAAGAAUAGAUGAAUAAGGAAUGAUGCGUAUUCAGGGCAUGGGUUAGGCUUUUGAGCCCGUUCAUGUGCCUGCUAUUGUGAAGUCUUCUUCCUUGAUUGAUAAAUCAAUGCGUGGGUCAGAAGCCCUCUAUGUAGCAACGGGUGGGGUGAGAUAUACAUAGAUAUAUAAUUUUUUUUCCCAUUCUCAUUUUUGAUUUACAUUAUCUUCCCCUGAAAAAUCUAUUCAUCCGUUUUUGCCUAACUAUAUUUUAUAUAUAUUUUUAAAAAUGUUAAUAUUUUUUAAAAACCCUUUUAGAUCUCUAUAUUGAACUCCAUAAUGUUGACGUUUUGGGUCAAAGUAUUUUUUUGGGGUCUACAUCUCAAAAGUUUUUCUUUUUUGUUUUUAACUUUUGCUGCUACUGUUGUUUUAAUGUGCUGAAAUAUGGCCCAGCCCCUGUUCCUCUUAAUCAAUUUUGCUCAUGGCAAGAAACGGAGGGAAAUAAAAGAGGUGAGCAUGUUUACAUAAAGUGAGUCCCACAUAUGAAUAUUCACAAUUUAAUAGUAUUCUCCUUGUUACCGCAGCAUUUGAAUGCCUACAACAGUAAACUGGAUAUGUACAUAUGCCACAUUAUUCCGGCAAAUGCCUCUGUCCCAGAUCAUUUGCAUGAUUAUUAUCAGGCUGGUCCAGUGUAUUUGUUCUACUUUAAAUAGGACAUCUUGUUUACAUGCCCAAGAUCCUAAAUCAGAACAUUUGAUCAUCCCAGAUAAUCGCAGCAUAUUGAUACGCAUGCGAACGCACCCACACAGGGUUUUUAAACCAGGUGGGUUCAAAGUUGUCCUGCCCCAGUUGCAACCUCUCGUUGCCACUGGAUUCUUUAUUUCCCAGAUUGGAACCAACAAGUGGGUAACUCCUUUUUUGUAAAGUACGAGGAUGUUGCACCACUUCAGUAUCGCCACGUUGCUUUCCAUUUCUACUAUUUACUGUUUAUGGUAAACUUGUGCCUAAUUCUGUUCUAAGUAAACAAAAAGAAACGACUGGUCUGGUGAACACACAGUGUCACUCUGUCGUAAAACAAACUUGUGGCCUUUUUUUUGAAAGCCUGUAAUUAACUAAAGACGCUAUCUCCAAAUCCGAUUCCGAUCUUGGCUUGAAAGAACACAAGCGGAUAGACUGAAGUCUUAAAGUAUUUGUCUAAGUUCAAUCUCUUAAAUGCAUCUUCCUGGAACAAAGAUUAUCACAGGGUUUUUUUUUUCUGUUGCUUCCUGUUUCGGUGAGCCUUCCACAAGUAUUGGCCAUAUACUGCUUUCUUUUUUUACACCCAAACACUCCAAUGUUCAUAUUUCUUCCCUCUCAUUGUUUUUCUUCUUUUUCCUUUUUGUUUGUAUCUCAAUUUCAUCCUGGUUUGCGAAACCGUGUGCUGGUUAUCGGACAGAAAGAAGGAUAUGCACAGCUUGUACCUUUGGUGACAUUCCUCCUCCCCUAUGUCGCAGUUACUUCUUUAGGUGAUGCGGAAAGUUAAUACUUGAGCCUCACCUGGGAGCCAAGAGAGAUGAUAUUCUCCGAAACUCUGCUCUGAAGACAGAUGUCAUCUGUAACAAGGCCCCGUACUGCACAGACAGGCUGCUGACGUGAAGCCAUCUCAAUGGUAUCCUUCUCUUUCACCUGAAUGUUCUCUCAUUCGGAUUGCUCCAUCCGGUGGCCGUUGGCCAUUUUGUGUCUUUGUUGGUAGUAGUCAGCAAAAAUAAUUCCACAUGGGAUGCAACAUUGAGAUGGUAGACCCUUAUCACUCUACUCCGUUUUUUAUUUUGUUAUGUUUUCAUCUGCCAGGCCUAUGCAAAAACCGUCUCAGUAUCCUAACAAUGGGAGGAAGCAGUAGAUGCAUUAAAACUCCUCGGAUUUUGUUUUUCAGAGCUCAAACAAUCUUGGACUUCAACUUUUAGACAGACAAGUCCCUUAUGUUUUUUCUAUGACAUUUUAAUCGGGGCUCACCCAUCAUCACCCGCUUUGACGCAGUGUUGAAAUGUUUCAAUGGUACACACUAUGCUCCAUGUUUCAUCAGCUCCUUUGCUGUUGUCUUGGGCCCAAGGAAGCACAGCCUUCCCCCACACCUUAUUACACUAUUGACUUGUUGUUCUUCUCCCAUUAAACGUGUGAAGAAAAGGUACUAUUUGGUGGAAAUCAUCUCAAACUUUAGCUUUAAACACCAGUGUUUCUCUAGAUUUUUUUUGUUGAAUUGAGUUGAUGGACAUUUCAAAAGGCGAAGCGGCUGGAAUGGUUUAAUCUUGGACUCUGCUGACACUACAUAAGAUCAAUAUUUUUGCUUUUCCGCGUGGACUUCGGACUGCAGUCCUCCUCUAGCAUUCCAGCUGUAAACGGUAUUUGGUCAUUUAAAUGCUUAGCUGUUUCAUAAAUAUCUUCUCUCACAUCUAUGAUUGAGGCCUCUUGGGGAUAUUGUCCCACACCGUGCAAAACCCCCACCUGCUCCUGCUCCCUCUGGUCUUCUAUCCGUCCUGUUUUUUUUUUGGACGUCUCUCAGAAGGGUCCCUCUUUCUUUGCUCUCUCUGAGGGAAUGCAAUAUUCUGUCGGCCCACAGUUUGACACGAUUUUAUUGACAUUUUAGUGUAUGUAUUAUAUAAUAUUACUGUUAAUGACUGAUUAGUAUACAGAACUUAUUUUAUUUUGUUACAUUUCAUAUAUAUAUACAUAAAUAUAUCUAUAUUCAAAUGUUUACAAUAAGAUUUUUUAUUAUUUUCUUUCUUUUUUUACUUUUCUCUGAGUGAUCAAAUGAGUUGGAAACUCAAGUGUUGCAGGAGAGUGUUAAUGCUAUCUGCUUGUAGUCUAGUUAUUAGUUCACAGUAUUGAUGAUAAGUGUUGAUAGCCGCAGUUUAACCUAGUGGAAAAUGGAAUGUGCAUCACAAGCAUGUCUUCAUAAUGUACCGCCAAUGUAAAACGUCACACUGCAACUGUAAAAAGGCCAAGGACUCAGGCUGACUGUCAUGUCUGUACACCAUCGAAUGAUGAACGGUAUACUGUAAAAUGUAGUUUAUCUAUAUAGAAAUACAUAAUGUUAAGCUGUACCAACAGUUCAAAGUAUUUGCUAAUUUUACUACACUUUUGUUUUGUAUAUGUGGGGGGAGUCUUAUGGCAUAUAAAUUCUUCAAAUUGAGUCAGGAGUUUAAAAGCAGACUAUAUUUUAUAACGGCCUUUUAAGUUAUUGCGGCCAAAGCACUGAUAUAUAUUUGCUGUAAAGAGAAUUUAAGAGUUUUAUUUUUCUGAUAUUAAAGUUACUUAUUAAAGACAGUUUCAUUUAAAGCCA